GACAGCAACGAUGACAUUGAGGAUGUGUCUCUCUUUGAUGCAGAUGAUGAUCUAUCCAGGAGAUCAAAAAAGUCAAAAAUAAGGCAUCCAGUGGCAUCGUUUUUCCACUUAUUCUUCCGAGUCAGUGCGAUUGUUGUCUAUCUGCUCUGUGAGCUCCUAACCAGCAGCUUUAUUGCCUGCAUGGUGACAAUUAUCCUCCUCUUGUCGUGUGACUUUUGGGCUGUAAAGAAUGUCACAGGGCGACUGAUGGUUGGCCUUCGCUGGUGGAACCAGGUGGAUGAUGAUGGCAGAAGUCACUGGGUAUUUGAAGCCAGAAAGGUGAAUUUCUUUUUAUUCAUUUUUUUCUUUUAAUUGUUUCUAUUUUAUGAAACCCCUGUUAAUUGGGAGCUAUGCUUGUGAUGGUAGAUUGCCCAACAGGGAUGUUUACUUCCAGCCAUGGGUCUGUAACCGCGGGCUUGUUCCGUGUAGGCUGCGGAAUGAGCUUUGUGAUUGUGGAAUUUUUAAAAGAUUCUUCUGAUGUAUUGAUCAGACUUGAUGUAAGUGAUGUAAAAGUUCCAAAGUUUCCAGUAAAGGAUUUUGCAUCGUGUUAGUCAGUAACCUACAGGUUUUCUGGUGUGAACUUGGAACAGCUGAUGUAGCUUUUAUUUCUUGUAGAAAAGUUACUGGAAGUAGGAAGAAAUGUAUAGCAUUUGUCAUGGCUGUUGCUUUGCCUUUGUGUUUGUGAUGGCUCCUGCUACCUCUCUAGUAUCCCAUCUGUCAGGCACCACGCACCAGUACAGGUUGGGGGCUGGCCUGCUCUGAGGAA